AUGCCCCCGCCGACAGCAGGCGGUAUCAACGAGCCCCAGGAAUGUCCCUAUUGCCGCAGGACAUUCUCUUGUUACUAUUCCCUGAAACGACACUUCCAAGACAAGCACGAGCAGUCCGACACGCUUUACGUCUGUGAGUUCUGUCACCGGAGGUACCGGACCAAGAACUCGCUGACCACGCACAAGAGCCUCCAGCACAGAGGCUCCAGCGGCAUGCUGAAGCGACUGCUGAAGACGUCCGCGCUGCACAGCGCCCUGGCGCCGGCGCCCCAUCAUCUGUUCGACCUGGGCGCCGACCGUGGACCGCAGUUGCCGCCCGGCCUUCAAUGA